ACUCCUCCCCCCUUUGCAGUCUAUUUCUGCUGUCCAUUGAGAGUAAAAGCUGGGCCAUCCCCCCAGCGCGCGCCUGUGCCGUGGAGCUCCCCCUUGCUGCGUGCAUCGUGAUCUCGUGGAUGCAGAGUCUUGCAGGGAGAACGCAGGGUCACCUUCUGUUGUACUGCAAGGGGGAAAAUACGGUCCGGUUCGCAGCAGACAGUACUGGGCAGGACCAGAAGCAGCAUCUCUGGUGAUCUCCUGCAGGGGACCGGCAGCUCUCUUUAAAGUUUAUGGAAACCUGACCUCCCAUUGGCGGAGAAGUGCAUGAGGAACCCAGCUCUCCUGCUGAGGACAGGUUUAGUCAUUAGAGCGCUUUGCCACAUCCAGGAAAAUGUCUGGCUCCUACGAUGAAUCUGCAGGUGCUGACGACACCAUGGACAGCUUCUGGGAGGUGGGGAACUACAAACGUGCUGUCAAAAGAUUUGAUGAUGGCCAUCGGCUCUGCAAUGAUCUUAUGGGUUGCCUGCAAGAACGUGCCAAGAUAGAAAAAGCUUAUGGUGAUCAGCUAAAUGCCUGGUCCAAGCGAUGGAGACAGUUAAUUGAAAAAGGUCCACAGUACGGCUCCGUGGAGAGAGCCUGGCUUGCGGUUAUGACAGAGGCAGACAAAGUGAGUGAACUGCACCAAGACGUGAAAAACAACCUGCUGAACGAAGACGUUGAGAAAGUGAAGAACUGGCAGAAGGAGGCAUAUCAUAAGCAAAUGAUUGGAGGCUUCAAGGAGGCCAAGGAGGCAGAGGAAGGCUUUAAAAAGGCUCAGAAACCAUGGGCCAAAAAGCUCAAAGAGAUGGAGGCAGCUAAGAAAACGUACCAUAUGGCCUGCAAGGAGGAGAGGCUGGCUGCAGCCCGAGAGGCCAAUGGCAAGACGGAGGCUUCUGUCACACCAGACCAGCAGAAGAAACUUCACGAGAAAGUGGAUAAAUGCAAACAGGACAUGCAAAAAGCUAAGGAGAAGUAUGAGAAGUCUUUGGAGGAGCUAAGCAAGUGCACUCCUCAGUACAUGGAGUGCAUGGAGCAGGUGUUUGACCAGUGCCAGCAGCAUGAAGUCAAGAGGCUAACUUUCCUCAAGGAGGCCUUGUUGGACAUAAAACGCCAUCUUAACCUCACUGAGAACCAAAGCUAUGUCACAAUAUACAGAGAACUGGAGCGCAUGAUUCAGGCCAUAAGCACACAAGAAGACCUGAGGUGGUUCAGCAAUAAUCAUGGCCCAGGGAUGCCCAUGAACUGGCCAGCGUUCGAGGAGUACAACCCAGACCAAGCAGCUGCUCCUCCAAAGAAGAAGAAACCAGAUGGAGCCCCACCCACUCCAAGCACUGACCAUGUGGCUCCCCCUAGUGACCGUAGCAGCGUGAGCAGCUAUGACAAGAACCAAGCUUAUUCGACCGAGUGGUCCGACGACGAGCAGCCCACUGCGUACUCCGGCAACGAAAACGGUGGAAACAGGAAUUCGUUUGAAGACGAUUCCAGCACUGGGAAAGGCGUCCGUGUCCGCGCCCUCUAUGACUAUGACGGCCAGGAGCAGGACGAGCUCACCUUCAAAGCAGGUGACGAAUUCACCAAGACAGAGGACGAAGACGAGCAAGGCUGGUGUAGAGGUCGUUUGGACAGCGGCCAGGAGGGACUGUACCCGGCCAAUUACGUGGAGCCAAUCUAGUCACAUGAGCGGACAGAGACAUGCCGCUGGAGGCAGCUUGAACCGUCCCGUCCAACUGCACCGCACAUAGCCAGAGACUUAAGAGCAACACAUCCUUUGCCCAACAGAUGCGCCAAGCUGUCUUGCCUAACUAAAACUUAGUAACCUAAAAUGACACUAUAUCAGUGUAGUAUAUUUUAUCCAGCGUUUGGGGUGGGCGAAGUUACACAUUCAAAAAAAAAAAAAAAAAAAAGCAGCAGUUGUGCUAUUGUAGACACACUCAACUAAAACAUGAAGACAGUGCAGGAACACAUUGCUUCUCUGUGUGGCUGUGUUUAAUAUUAAACAAUGCAGCUUAUUAUUAACUCACAGUGUACCGCGGUGUGUUUUCCUGAAGGGCAGAUAUUAUGUUUUACUCAUUUAACAAAGACGAGCUUCUCUAACCUGCAUUGUGUACAUACGGUGUGAUGCCAUUUUGUGUAGCAUUUUUAAUGCCGUGUAUGUCAUUCUUACAACAGGAAUGCUGUGUAGUGUUAACAGUACCACAGACAGUAUCCUUUUUGUUUCCUUUUUUCCUUUCGAAUCCCGUCCGGCCUCCGUUCCAGUGUGUGCAGUGCUAUGUGUCUCAAACUGUUUCUGAACAUUGCAUAGCAGCAUGUGCUAUGCAACGAGUUACAUACCCCCUUCUUCCCCACCCCCCAAGUCCCUGCAGCCUCGCUACGGCUACAUUCUGAUGCAACACUUCGACUACAAAAUGCAGCAUUACAUGCUUCUGGACAUGCAUGUGCUCCCGGGUUCACAAGAGAAGGCUUCUCGAUGAACUGACCUCACAUUCGCUUUGUUUUUGACCUUUUUCGUUUUUGUCCCGUAAAUCCUUUGACCACGCCAUCCUAAUGCAAAGCCAUGGAAAGGAUUUACGGUUUUGUUUUUGGUUUUUUUGUUGUUGUUUUUUUUUUUUUUUGCAGAAGCUUCCAUCCGCGCUUCAGCAAAUCAGGGUUCACUUUAAUCAAACUGUGCUAACGAGACAUACGAGCAUUACUUCAGAGCGGAGUUGGAUCGACUCAUCUCGAGCUUGAGACUGCGUUAUAGGAAAGAUGUCUUGAACAAUACAUGUGCCUGGGACUCUUUUUCCAGAGCAAGGGGCGUGUGGAUGCAUGUCAGUGGAUAUCUGUGCAACAGUGGUUCGUCUAAAGAUUGACCCCUUUCCAGCAGGACAUGAAUGUACUUGUGAUUGGGCUUUAAAGAGGGUAAGAUGUCUAAAUAUUUUCACUGGCAUAAAGCAGUAGUUAUGUGGCCCUUCCCCCAACUGAGCCAAAGAAUGAUCCAUCACUUAUCACUCCACACACUAAUUACACAUAUCUCAUGAAAUGGAUUCACUAAAUUAGUUUUUUUUUUUUUUGCUUCCCUGCCCAACCGGAUUCCCCUUUGUCUGCAAAAUCUGCUCAGUGAGCCAGUAACAUGUCAUGCAAAGAUAACCUCUGACUCAGUGGAGUACAUGGUUGCUUUUAAUCUUCAUUUUACUUUCAAGGAAUUACAGUGCCUAGUUAAAGUAUUCAUACCACUUGAACUUUUGUCCAUGUUUUGUGACCAGAUGCUUCAACAUAUUUUGUGAAGUAAAAACCAACACCAAGGAGUUCAGAAGAAGAAAAAAGGCAAUUUGGGGGUGGAGGGGGGAAAUGACAAAUGAGAAUCGAUGUAUGCAUGUACAUGUUGUGUGAACAUUGUAUUCUCCCCCCAGAGACAUAAUUUAAAGCACCAAUUUUGCAGCUACAGCUACGUGUUUUUGGGAGCAUUUCUCUUGUUGUGACAUUUGCAGUUUGUUGCCUAUUCCUCUUUGCAAAGUAGCUAGAAAUAGCAAUAUUUAAACCUUGCACACAGAUUCUCAACUGAAUUUAGUUCUGAAAUCUGAUUAUGCCAUUCUAACAUUUCAAUAUCCACAUAUGUGGCUGUAUAUAUAUAUAUAUAUAUAUAUAUAGUGCUAUCCUACUGGAAGGUGAACUACCACCCUACUUUUAAGUCUUCUGCAGCCUCUGAAGGGUUUUCCGUCCAGUUUUCUCUUGUAUUUUCUCUCAGUUCACUCCUGCUUCUUUGCUCUUGCUGAAGAAAAUCAGGAGUAGCAUAUAGAUGUGGAAAGUCCUGAAGUUCAAUUCUGGUCUCAUCUGACCAAAGCAGGGACUGAGUACUGAUGUGUUACAUUGUUUGUGGUCGAACAUGUUCAAGGGGUAUGAAUACUUAUGCAAGGAACAGCAUUUUAUCAUAUUUUCUAUAAUUACUUUUAUUACUAUGAUUACAUCAUAUUUAUCAAAUGCUGAUUAGUAGGUUGUGUACUUCCGGGUUGCACCUACAGCUCAGUUUAGAUGAAGUGUUUUUGAGACCAUAGUGAUAAAAAUAAAAAAUGACUGGACUUGUUCAGCUCUGGAUUUGGGGAAAGGUCUCACGCACGAGGACAAAACACAUCACCAGCUCACAAGGUGCGUAUUAGAGUGCAAGCGUGUCCAGCAGGGUUAAAAAAAAAAAAAAAGACUCCUGUUGCUAAACUCUCCCACUUUCUCAAUGCUCACACGCAAUACACAAACAUGCAACAACACAGGUGGUAGACUGAUGAUAUACACAUUAUCUGCAAGUUCAGACUCCUUAUCUAUAAUACCAGGUGAAUACUUUGGGGUAAAACAUCCGUAUCAUCCAGUGUGUAUGAGUCGUGUAAAUGUUAUACAAAGUUGUAACAAAACAAGCAAAAAAAAAAAAAGUAAAAAAAAAAAGAAAAAAAAAUGCAAGUGAUUGACUAUUAAGAAUAAAAAAUGUAGUGUUAUACAUGUAAAUGUGUUUCAUUAAAUGACAGCAAUGGAAAAACGUGUUAAGUAAUAGGUACCAUAUCGUAUGAAUUUUAUUGCAAUGAAACUGUCAGUGUAUCAUAAAAGCGUGAUGUUAUCCCACGCUGUCAAGAUUUGUACAUGAUGAUGUAAUUUAAAGAUUAUAUUCUAUUGUAACUGUACAACUGUGUUGAGUUGAAAAUGAGACCUAACUAUGUUGAGACAGUAAAAAAGGUGUACUUGUAAAUGCUUUUUUUUUUUUUAUGUUGAUCUUUUUUCCUUAUGCACACAGGGGGCUGCAGCUCACAAUGUGAAAAACCCCAUAUUAGCAGUAUAGAAGAUGUAUGUUCAUAGUUAGUGAUGUACUUUUAUCUCCUAACUGGUGUAGUGCCUGUUCAUCUUGAUGUAACAAGAAGUUCAUUUAAAUAUGCAUAAAAGUGAUUAUGAUCACAGAUAAUAAUGACUAUAGUGGUAAAAAGAAGAAGAAAGAAGUCCAAUCAAAUUUGCUGUGAUGGUGUCAAUAUUGAGAUAUUGAUUUGGGAGGGAAAGAAGUUUGUUGAAAAAAACCCCAAAACGUUC